AUGGCGGCCGCUGCGCCGAGCAGCGAAGAGGUGUUGGCCACGGUAUCAGACGGCAUCGGCGAAAUCACCCUCAACAGGCCUGCGGCGUUGAACGCCCUGAACAUCAACAUGAUACGCCGCCUGCUGCGUGUGUACGCGGAGUGGGGGCGCCCCGGCAGCGGUGUCAACUGCAUCGUCGUGCGAGGCGCAGGAGGGAAGGCCUUUUGCGCCGGCGGCGACGUCAAAUCCAACGUGCUCGCCGCGCGCUCCGGCGACACCGCCUCCGCCCUUGAGUUCUUCCGGGAGGAAUACACCAUGAACGCUGCCAUCGGGCGCCUGGCGCCGCCCCAUGUCGCGCUCAUCGACGGGAUCGUCAUGGGCGGCGGCUGCGGGGCGUCGAUGCACGGCGCGUUCCGCGUCGCAACGGAGAGGACGCUCUUCGCAAUGCCUGAAACCGCCAUUGGGCUGUUUCCCGACGUGGGCAUGAUGCAGCUGCUGGCGGCCCUUCCUGGGGAGGCCGGCCCCUGGCUGGCGCUCACGGGGGCGCGGCUCAGAGGCCACGAGCUCAAGGAGUUUGGCCUCGCGACCCACUACCUCCCGUCCGCCCAACUUCCGGAUCUCAUCUCGCGCCUCCGCGCGCUCGGUCCCCGCGCCGCCGACCCCUCCGCCGUCUGCGCCGCGCUCGCCGCCGCCGAGGCGGCCGCGGGCCCCUCGCCGCCGCCGUCGCGCGCCGCGGCGCGGCGGCCGCUGGUGGAUUCGCUGUUCGCGUGCGGCAACGGCAGCGUGGGGGGCGGCGUCGAACGAGUGUCGGAGGCCGUGCAGGGGGCGCAGCUGGAGGGAGACGACGAGGCGUGGCGGCGCGAGACGCAGCAGCAGCUGGAGCGGAUGGGCCUCGCGGACUGCCUCGAGGCGGACUGGGCGCUGGUGGGGCACUUUGUGGAAGGGGAGGCGGACUAUUGGGAGGGCGUGCGGGCGCGGCUGAUCGACAAGGACGAGGCGCCGAGCACCUCGCGCGACCGUGCGCGCCCGCCCAACGCCGCCCGCGCCCCCGCCGCGCUGCAGCCGCGCCGCGCCCGCGCCCGGGCACCCGCCAAGAUGAACAAGACCAUGGGGGGCAGCUACCACAACUUGGCGGCGCUGGAGGAGGCGCGGUUCUCGGACGCGCGCCAGGUCAGCACGGGGCCGUCGCCGCUGGGCCAGGCGGCGCAGAGUGGCAGCGCGCUGUCCCUGGACAGCCAGAGCGGGCGCGCCAG